CUCCUAAAAUUGCCGUGAAAACGUUUCCUUCCUUCCUCUUGGAUCGAAGUUCCUCUUUCCUACCCGGAAUGUGCAAUCAGUUACCAAGACAACAGCUGCUCCUCCCCCGCCCCUUCCCUGAAUGCCGGGCUUCACGCCCCUAGUUCUUCCCCCAAUUGGGAUCUCAUUGCACAGACGAUGCCUUCAGUCUCCUCCCUACCUGGCCCCGCCCCUUGACCAAUCGGCUUCAGUCAAUCCUCUACAAGCGGCACCUCUACACCAACCGGGUGGCCGUCGCCCGGGCGACGUCCCGCCUUUUCCGGUGGGAGGUGGGCCGGCGGGCGGAAGCGGCAUCGGGCGCGGCGGGCCGGGGGCGCGGGGGCGGGGGCGCGCGGAGGGGCGGAGGGGCGCCAGGCCCAAGAUGGCGGCGGGCGCGGAGGGCGGCACGGGCGCGGGGGCUUUGGGCGACUGCGCCGAGAUCAAGUCGCAGUUCCGGACGCGCGAGGGCUUCUACAAGCUGCUGCCCGGUGCCGAGGGCACGGCCCGGCGCGCGGGUCCGGUCCCGGCCCCCGGCCCGGCCUCCACUGUUGCAUGCGCUGCCCCAGCCGCCGCCCCAGGCCCGACCCCCGGCCCUGCCUCCGCUGCCCCGGGCUCCGCAGCCGCUGCUGCCGCCGCCGGGGCGCCCUCCCCACCCGGGCCGGGCCCCGCGCUGCCCGCCGUGCGCCUGAGCCUCGUGCGCCUGGGCGAGCCCGACCCCGCCGCCGCCUCUGGGGAGCCCGCUGGGCCGCCCCCCGCCGCCGGAGACCGCGUCUGCUUCAACUUGGGCCGGGAGCUCUACUUCUACCCGGGGGGCUCCGGGCGGCGGGGCAGCCACAGGUCCAUAGAUCUCAACAAGCCCAUUGACAAGCGGAUCUACAAGGGCACCCAGCCCACUUGUCAUGACUUCAACCAGUACACAGCAGCCACCGAGACCAUCUCCCUGCUGGUGGGGUUCUCAGCUGGUCAAGUCCAGUACCUGGACCUUAUCAAAAAGGAUACCAGCAAGCUCUUCAAUGAGGAGAGACUGAUCGACAAGACCAAGGUGACUCACCUCAAGUGGCUGCCCGAGUCGGAGAGCCUGUUCCUGGCCUCCCAUGCCAGUGGCCACCUCUAUCUGUACGACGUGGCCCGCCCGUGCGGCCCCGCUCCGCCCCAGUACGCUUUGCUCAAGCAGGGCGAGGGCUUCGCCGUCUACACUGCCAAGGGGAAGGCCCCCCGCAACCCGUUGGCCAAGUGGGCCGUGGGCGAGGGCCCCCUCAACGAGUUCGCCUUCUCCCCGGACGGGCGGCACUUGGCCUGCGUGAGCCAGGACGGCUGCCUGCGCGUCUUCCACUUCGACUCCAUGCUCCUGCGGGGCCUCAUGAAGAGCUACUUUGGCGGCCUGCUGUGCGUGUGCUGGAGCCCCGACGGGCGCUACGUCGUGACGGGGGGCGAGGACGACCUGGUCACCGUGUGGUCCUUUACCGAGGCCCGUGUGGUUGCCCGAGGCCACGGCCACAAGUCCUGGGUCAACGCUGUGGCUUUUGAUCCGUACACCACAAGGAGCGAGGAGGAGCCAGAGGAGGAGGGGACGCCGCCGAGCGGGAGCGAGCGCGAGGCCGGCUCCUUGCCCCGGCUGCCUCCCCCCGCCGUCACCUACCGCUUCGGCUCGGCCGGCCAGGACACCCAGUUCUGCCUGUGGGACCUGACAGAGGACGUGCUCUACCCGCGGCCCCCGCUGGCGCGGCCCCGGGCUCUAGCCGGGGGUGCGGAAGCUACCCCCGUCACCCCAGGGUCACUGCCCCGUUCCCUCUCCCGUUCCAACAGCCUCCCGCACCCGGCGGUGAGCGGCAAGGGGGCUGGGGCCGGCACAGGCGGGGCCACAGAGCCCGGGACCCCUUUCAGCAUUGGCAAGUUUGCCACGCUGACCCUCCAGGAACGUCGCGAUAAGGCUGCUGACAAAGAGCACAAACGGUACCACAGCCUGGGUAACAUCAGCCGGGGCAGCGGCGGUGGCGGGAGCAGCGGAGACAAGCUGGGGGGGCCAGCCCCCCGGGGCCGCCUGGACCCAGCCAAGGUGCUGGGCACAGCCCUGUGCCCUCGGAUCCACGAGGUGCCCUUGCUGGAGCCCCUGGUGUGCAAGAAGAUUGCCCAGGAGCGCCUCACCGUCCUCCUGUUCCUGGAGGACUGUAUCAUCACCGCCUGUCAGGAGGGUCUCAUCUGCACCUGGGCCCGGCCUGGCAAAGCUGUGAGUACCCCAGGGGCAGGAGGGGAGCCCCCCUUGACCCCAGAGCCCAAUUAGGCUCCUGCCUCCUCUUCCUCCGGGCUCUGGUUUGUGGAGGGAGUGCUUUGAGAUUCUUGGCAGGAGGGGGUAUCGGCAGUCUCGUAAGUAGUCGUGGAAUGCUGCCAUCUGCAGAGAAGAGGUGUGCCAACCCCGAAUGUGUGAAUGUUAGGAAAAUGGGCAUCAGGGACCUACGGAAUGCAGCCAGUGGAGGGGGCGGGGGGCUAAUUAGAGAGCAUGGCGGAGGGGGCUCUCCACACACAGCUGGGAAAGACCCAGCUGCAGAUCCCAGUUCCAGGAUUGAGUCACCGACUUACCAAGUUCUUGAAUGUCUCUGAGCCUCAGUUUCUUCAUCUGUAAAAUGGGGAUGCUGGAGCUGUGUUCCUCACAGCGUGGCGGUUGAGGAAAGCCCAUUGACCUCCAGCAGUAUUUGAAUGUGAUCUGCUAUUAUUUUAGAAUGCCAUCUUUAAAAGUGAUAGAGCCUCGGAGUCGUGGAAGGAUUCUUUUGGGGCAUGGAGGCGCCCAGACCCCUCUUAAGCUCAGGCACAUCCACAAGGGCCUGGAACUGAGCACUUUUCCGGGGAAGGGCUUGGGCACAGGCUGCCUCUGGUAAAAGUCUCUUAACAGGGGUGUGGGCCCAAACGCCGGAGAUGGAAAGGGGCCUUGAGCCCCCCCCAUAGACCCUGGAGCGGGCAGGGUACCUCCCUCUGGGGGUGGGGGGCCUCGGGUUGGCCUCAGUGGCCACAGGAUGGCCUCACUGUCCGGCCCUGGGCCCCUAAGUCCACAUGCCCUUCUUCCGGCUUCCUUGCAGGGCCUCUCCUCCCAGCCUGCCAACUCCCCCAGUGGUACCGUGGUAUGAAGCUCGUGGACUCGGCCGCCCCCGCCUCUCAGCCUCCUGGUCCAUGUCCCGUCUGCUCCAUCCUAGCUCCCCUUAAUGUGUUCAUGAGACUAACAGUGGAAGGGGUCCUUGUCUAGUCCUCCGCCUGCUCCAGGCCUUGCACAACGCCAGGGGCGGCCCUGGACUGGCCUGGGGAGCGCGGGGCCCAGUGUUCUCCCCCCUCCGAGACGGUCAGUGUUACCCCCUCGCUCCCCUGCAUGUGAUGACAGCCAGCCUCCCCUUCGACCUCAGCUCUUUGCACAGGUCCCGCAGGGCAGGGGGGCUCUUCCCCUCGUUGUCCCGAGGCCCUUGAAGAGUGUUCUAAAUUAUGGAAACCCCCAUGUCUCUGUCUCCCCCUCCCCACACCCUUCAACCUUAUUUAUAGUAAAAGCUCCUCGUUUUUACAGUC